AUGGCUUCGUUGGACAACGGGAAUCUGGAAUUUGAGGACCCCUUCUUCUCCCUCCCCGCCUUCGGGUGCUUCUUCUCUGACAGUGCAGCGGCUGCCGCUGGGUUCUACCCUGGUCCUCAAGCACUAGCGGGGGAGAAGCAUGCGCGGGAAACACUUGAGAGAGAAACGUUCGAGAGAGAAACAGUAGAGAACGAAACGCUUGAGCAGCAGACGCAUGAGGAGAGGCAGAUGCAUGAGAAUCUUGAGAGGGAGACGCAUGCGAGAGAGAGUCGGUCGUCAAUGUCGAACAAGAAGAGCCGUCUGAGGCAACAGUCAGCCAUUCUGCAGCGACGAGGACGCAAUGCGGAAUCCGCUCGAGACCUCCCUCCUCCUGCCACUGCUGCAACUGCCAACACGGCUGCCACUGCCGGCACUCAGGGCGGGUCUGGCAGUCUAAGUGGUGCUGUCCCUCCAGCGACUGAGGGGAAGGCAGCAACAAGGCAGCGGGGAGGCGGCGUGAGCAGCCAGAGGAGCUCCAUCUACCGCGGAGUGACAAGGCACCGCUGGACAGGGCGCUAUGAGGCUCACCUGUGGGACAACUCAUGCCCCAAGGAGGGCACCAACAAGAGAGGCCGCCAAGUCUACUUGGGAGGGUACGACGAUGAUGAAACGGCUGCCAGGGCGUACGACCUUGCUGCUCUCAAGUACUGGGGUCCCACGGCUGCUACCAACUUCCCUGUUGAGAACUACGAGAGGGAGUUGAGAGAGAUGGAGGGGGUUUCAAAGUACGAGUACGUCGCCUCCAUCCGCAGGAAGAGCUGUGGCUUCUCCAGAGGGGCUUCCAAGUACCGAGGAGUCACCAGGCACCAUCAGCACGGGCGGUGGGAGGCGCGCAUAGGCCGAGUGAUGGGCAACAAGUAUCUCUACCUGGGAACUUUUGCCACACAGGAGGAGGCAGCGGAGGCAUACGACAUAGCAGCAGUGAAGUACCGAGGGCUCAAUGCGGUUACCAACUUUGACCUCAGCCGCUACAUUGACGGGCUCAGCUCUCAACCCCACGACCCUCAAUUAGCCGAGGAGCCAGUGAAGGCGGAUUCUGCAGUGCAGCAGGCGAUAUCGGACCCGGUUCCGCAGUUCCUUCCGUUCCAAAGCGACCAUGCAGCCGCGUGCUUCACCCAAGCAGCAUCGGUUGACCUCAGCGCUGCAUUGCCCCUGCCCAUGCAUUCAGCACACAUGCUGUCAGCAGACACGCCAAACAUG